AUGGGAAGGGAGUUUGAGAUGAGUAUGCCAGGGGAACUGAACUUCUGCCUAAGGCUACAAGUGAAGCAAACCUCUAAGGGAAUGAUGAUAAGUCAACAGAAAUACAUUAAGGAGCUUCUGAAAAGGUUUGAGAUGGAAAUCUCAAAGACCAUUGAUACUCUCAUUUCUACUGUCACUCGUCUAGACAUGGACGAACCUGGUUCCCCUGUAAAUGAAACUAUGUAUCGGGGUAUCAUUGGAUAUCUCUUGUACCUAACUGCCAGCAGACCUGACAAUAUAUUUAGUGUUGGGUUGUGUGCUAGAUUCCAAUCAAGUCCUAAAGAAUCUCAUUUGAAUGCUGCCAAAGAAAUUUUGAGAAAAUUUUUUGACUUGGUUGGAUAUGCUGAUUAUGUUGAAUAUCUGAUGGAUAGAAAGAGCACAUCUGGAAUGUCAUAUUUUCUGGGGUCAUGCUUGAUCUCAUGGGGUACAAAGAAACAAACUUUGCAGCCCUUUCAAAUGCUGAAGCUUAAUAUAUGGUUGUUGCUUCUUGUUGUGCUCAACUACUACAAAUCAAGCAAGAUCUUGAAGACUUUGGUAUAUUUACAGCUUGAACCUGGUACAGCACAAGAAGACAAAGCACAUUGA